CAUAAAUUUUGGGAAGCUGUCGAAAAGCAGAUCGAGAACAAACAUGACCCCAAGCUUUUCCAUCACCAUUAGCAUAUUUUCUUUUUAGUUUCAUGUUUGAUCCUUCCCGCUUAAGUUAUAUGAGAAGACACAAAACACACCCAUAUAUGAUAUUGACAUAAGACGAAUUAACUGUAGCCUCCUGUUGUUAGGUACAAUUCAACUCUGAGCCUAGAGUCAACGCACUUCUCCCGUGCCGCUCACCAACCCCUGCAGUGCCGAUGGCUUACACAUCUGGUUCAGCCUGAGGACAACAAACGACGUUUCCAAGAUGAAAUCAGAGGCAGUGACAUUGAUAUUAGUGAAUCUGGCUGCUAUUAUGGAAAGGGCCGAUGAAUCCUUGUUGCCUGGCGUCUACAAGGAAGUUGGGGCAGCUCUCCACACCGAUCCCACCGGCUUGGGUUCCCUAACCCUCUUUAGAUCUGUAGUUCAGUCUUCUUGUUACCCUUUAGCUGCUUACUUAGCUGUGCAUCACAAUCGAGCCCAUGUCAUCGCUCUAGGUGCUUUUCUCUGGGCCACCGCAACUUUCCUCGUCGCUCUUUCCUCCACAUUCUUCCAGGUGGCAAUUUCUAGAGGUUUAAAUGGUAUAGGGCUUGCCAUUGUGAUACCUGCCAUCCAGUCCCUAAUUGCUGAUUCGACUGAUGAUAGCAAUCGUGGCUUGGCUUUUGGAUGGCUACAACUAACAGGAAACCUUGGUUCCAUUAUUGGUGGGCUUUGUUCUGUAUUAAUGGCCUCAACAUCUUUCAUGGGAAUCCCAGGAUGGAGAAUUGCCUUCCAUCUCGUUGGAUUGAUUAGUGUCAUUGUUGGUUUGCUACUAUGGUUUUUUGCCAACGAUCCACACUUUUCUGAGAUUAAUGGAAGAUUUAAGGAUCAACAACGCAAGCCAUUCUGGUCAGAGAUGAAGGAUUUAGUUAAAGAAUCGAAGUCAGUUAUAGGGAUCCCAUCUUUCCAGAUAAUUGUAUCUCAGGGGGUUGCAGGAUCAUUUCCAUGGUCGGCUUUGUCAUUUGCUCCUAUGUGGCUUGAACUUGUAGGCUUUUCACACAAGAAAACAGGAUUUCUAUGGACUCUCUUUAUAAUUGCUAGUUCAUUGGGUGGUCUUUUUGGAGGACGAAUAGGGGAUAUUUUAUCAAAACCCUUUCCUAAUUCAGGAAGAAUAGUUCUAUCUCAGAUAAGCUCAGGUUCUGCUGUUCCUCUUGCUGCAAUUUUGCUGCUGGUUUUGCCGGAUAAUCCAUCCACAACAUUCUUGCAUGGACUGAUUUUGUUCAUAAUGGGUUUCUGCAUGUCAUGGAAUUCACCAGCAACUAACAAUCCAAUAUUUGCAGAGAUAGUCCCAGAGAAGUCUCGUACAAGCAUCUAUGCAUUGGAUCGAUCAUUUGAGUCGAUUCUAUCAUCGUUUGCUCCUCCUGUUGUUGGAGUUCUGGCCCAGCAUGUUUAUGGAUAUAAACCAGCUGCAAGAGGAUCCUCAGACUCUGCACAGAUUGAAACCGAUAGAGAAAAUGCAAAAUCACUAGCCAGGGCACUCUAUGCAGCCAUUGGUUUUCCAAUGUCACUGUGUUGCUUCAUCUACUCUUUUCUCUAUUGCUCAUAUCCAAGAGACCGAGAGCGCGCAAGAAUGCAUGCCCUGAUAGAGUCGGAGAUGCUGCAGCUGGAGUCUAACACUUCACCUCUUUAUGAACGAGACAGUAAGUUUCAAAUUUCAGUGGCAAAAGAUGUUGAUGGUAAUGAUCAAACAGAGAUUGACCUUAUAUAUGAAAUUGAAGACAGUCUUGAUUUCAACGACAACGAUGAAAAGCAUCUUCUUAAUCAUCAGCUAUUAGUUUCUGAUUCGCAAUGACAAUGUACAGGAAUAACUUUCGAGAUUGUUAGGGACUUGGGGAAAUGUUGAUCAACAUGAUCAUAAGCAGCAUUGACGUAGAUUUCUUAAGUUCGCCUUCCUUCAAACUUUAUACAAAAUAUGAUUUUUGUUUUAUUAUGGUCGCUAUGUUGCUGCAUAGUUCACUGAAAUCAAGACCAUCCAUGGGUUGAUGGGUUUACAAAGAACAAAAUUAGUGUACUUUAGUGGAAAACAUACCAUGAAAACUAUAGCUGAUAUUUUAUAUCCUAACAUGUGCUCCCUAAUGUUGAAGUUUUGAUGUAAGUUUAAAUUUACAGUAAUCCUCAAAAUUUGUGAUUUAUCACAAAAAACAGCAUCUGCGCACUUUAAAAGAUAAUUUAAUGCUUCUAACAAUUGAGGGAAAGACAUGAAUGGGGUUAAAUACAUAAAUUUUACUAUGAGAUUUUGACUAACGGAUGAUCAAAAUAAAGUUGAGGCUGAAAAGAAAUGUGUUAAUUAAAGAGAUGAAAUCAAACAUGAUAUUUUGGCUAUAAUAUAUGGUUCCUUUUCUCUUGUUUUGAAACUUAAUCCUCUUUAGAGAAUUUCUCUAGAAUCAAUAUAUUUGCAAGUUGAAGGGAGAAUACAUCAUUUUCAAGAAAAAAGAAAAAAAAAGUUAAAUUAAAGACGAAGAGAAAUAUAUUCUCACUGAAUCG